AUUUCUUAUUAUACUUCAACAUAAAAAACACCGGAUCCUGUUUCAGUCCCAACGUCAUGGUGGGGAAGAGAGUUUGUGUGAUCGGCGCGGGCGUCAGUGGGUUGGCGUCCGCCGUGUAUGUCCAGCGUCAGUGUCCAAAUGUUGAGGUCACUCUCGUGGCAGACGUGUUUUCACCCAAAACAACGUCGGACGUGUCUGGUGGGCUUUGGGAGCCAUAUUGUCUCGGGGAUACCCCUAAAGACCUCAUCAAAACAUGGAGCUCUGUGACGUGGGAUUAUCUCCUCAGUAUAUACAACUCCCCGGUCGCCCAAAGGGUUGGGUGUCAGCUGAUGUCGGGCUUCACACUGACUGACGGAGACUGUCCCGAUCCAGAUUUCAAAGACCAAGUGUUUGGCUUCCGCCAGCUCACCGCUGAUGAGCUAAAACAGUUUCCAAUGGCAAGAAAUGGCAGCUUCCAUACAACCCUGCAAAUUGAUGUCGAGCUGUACCUACAUAUGUUGAUGGAGAGGUUCGUGCGUCAAGGUGGCACAGUUCAGCAAAGAAAAGUAGAGUCUCUGGAGGAGAUGUCCGGCCAGUAUGACGUCGUGGUCAACUGUACAGGGUUGGGCUCCUAUAGUCUCAUGCGGGACACGUCUCUCAAGCCAGUGCGAGGCCAAGUGCUGCGGAUGCGAGCUCCCUGGGUGAAACAUUUUUACUUCUCCAAACCAAGCAAUGCUGCUGCAACCUACCUGAUUCCUUCCUGUCGCAGCCUUGUAGUCGGAGGAGUGUUACAAGAGGGGAACUGGAAUGAAGACGUGGAUGAGGCAGAUUCUCGGGACAUACACGAGAGGGCGCUCUUAUUACUGCCCAGCCUCAAGGGAGUGGAGAUCGAGUCUGUGCUGACAGGCCUUAGGCCCGGAAGGACACAAAUUCGACUGGAGACACAACAUCUGAAGAUGAGAUCUGGGGAGACACUACCAGUUGUACACAACUACGGCCACGGGGGUGCUGGGGUUGCACUGCACUGGGGAUGUGCCCAACAUACGGCACGACUAGUCAAGGAAGCGCUGACAGCAAGCAAACUGUGACUAUAACCCAACUCACAGGGAGAACAUGUUCAGAUUUGAGUAUUGAAUUUAUAUCUUUUUGACUAUCAAACACACACUUGAAGAUAAAAGCAUGUCCAGGAAAAGAGGGUCUCAAUAGUACAAAAAAUAAUUCAUUAAAAAUGUGCCAACCAAACUUUUAACCAAAGAGACUAGGUCACUGUAAAUAGCCUAUUGGGCAAGGUGUUUGCCAGUCAUGCAUCCUACCAGGUUUGAUUCCCAUUUGGAACAAUAAAAUAUUUGUAAUCAAA